CCUCAGCCAACCUUCGAUUGCACAGCACAUCAUCGGGCAUCGCUGCCUCAUCGGAACACAACCCCCGAACCCUCGAGCCCUCCCCUCACAAAGUGUGGCCAGUUACCGCCAGCCCUCGAUCCAGAAAAGGAUAUUCGCGUUCCGCUUGUGUGAUCCUGUGAAGAGCAAAUCGUACGAAGAUGAUGAAGUUUAUCACCGUGUUCGCCGUGCUGAUUGCUGUGGCCGCGGCCCAGAUCCGCCCGCUCGGUCCGCUUCCGCUGCGCAACCCGGCCGUGUACGCCAAUCCGGAGGCGAACGCCGUCAUACUGAACCAGGUGUACGAACCGAACCCGGACGGUUCGUACAUCUACAGCUACGAGACGAGCAAUGGGAUUCGGGCCGAGCAGCGCGGUUUCCUGAAGAACCCGGGCACGCCCGGUGAGGCGCAGGUCAUGCAGGGUUCGUACUCGUACACCGGACCGGACGGUGUCGUCUACACGAUCAACUACAUCGCCGACGAGAACGGCUACCGUGCGGAGGGUGCGCACAUCCCCUCGGCCCCACGGUACAACCCGGCCGCCCGCUAUCCCGGUCAGUUCUAGAGUGGCCGCUGGGGUGGCCGGAGCCGGAGCCGGCGUCGCGUUGCGUCGCGUCGCCUGUGGUGUUUGAUAUUUAUUGGCCCUAAAAGAGCGCGGCCGAAGGGUUGGGGGCGCGAGCAUCGUUCGGAAAGUUCAUCACCAUCGGCGUUGGCACAAAUUAUGCAUCGAAAUCCAUUAUCCCCAUUAGCAUCCCAGCCGGUCAUUGCCGGACACAUUCCGUUGAACAGCCACACACACAGACGCACACAGACACACAUCUCGCGGACAGUAUUGGUCAAUCGGCGAUCGGAGAGGAGAGAUCCCACCGUCGCGGGGCGCGCACCGAUGGGCGGUGAUUUGUUGCGAAGACUCCUUCGGUUCGCGUUCCUCCACCGCUCUCCCACCACCCACCCAACCUCCCUGUGAAUACUCCUUUCGAUUUACGCCAAGCCAUGACACUUCCCAUUCAAUCGCCUGUCGCCCGGCCUUCGACUCGUUAACCGUGGACUGUGGUGCGGCGGUUGAUUGAUGCGGAUGCAGUGUAGCAGCCAGUAGUGUCCAGUGAUGUCCAGUGGUGGUGGCUUUGAUGUCCACAGCACAGUAUUUGCACAGCCACGAACCGAGCACGCAUUCCCAAAAUGCUUCUAAUGCGCUGGGACAUCGGAGUUUCGUUUCGCUUUUGUAAAAUAACUUUAUCACCUUUCCAGUUUCUCUCUUGCAUCCCGUCUCUCACGUGCAUUGUCACUGUACCAGCCCAUGUAAUUUGUAAUAUGUUUGUUUAUUUGCAUUCGCGUGCAAUCGAAAUAAAACCAGCAAAUGCCUUGACAAAACAGGCCACACAGAA